UCUUUCACUUUCAUUUCACUUCUUCUCUGUUAACGCCCGUCUGCAGCAGGCUACUUUAUUUCCGUUCACAAUGGCAGCAGCUAAUAAAUCUUCAGUGUCCGCCGAUCCGUUCUCCUGCCCGGUGUGUCUGGAGGUCCUGAAGGAGCCGGUCACUCUUGUAUGCGGACACAGCUACUGUAUGGACUGCAUUAAUGACUACUGGGACAAGUCGGAUAAGGAGGGGGCCUACAGCUGUCCUCAGUGCAGACGGACAUUUAAAGAGAAGCCGGAGCUGAACAGAAGCACCGUAUUAACAGAACUGAUCGAGAAACUGAAGGAGGUGACAGAUGAUGGAGCUAAUUCUGAGAGUUAUGCUGGACCUGACGACGUGCCCUGUGAUGUUUGUACGGAAAGAAAACUGAGGGCCGUAAAGAGCUGCCUGACCUGCAUGGCCUCCUACUGUGAGACUCACCUGCAGGCUCACCGGCGGUCCGAAGUUCUGAAAAGACACAAGCUGGAGGAUCCAAAUGGAAAUCUGGAAGAGAAACUCUGUACAAAACACCAAGAAGUUCUGAAAAUUUUUUGUAGGACGGAUGAUACCUGCGUCUGCUUACUGUGCGCAGUGACUGAACAUAAGAGUCAUGACACGGUGACACCUGAAGAAGCGAGAGCUGAGAGACAGAGUCAGGUGGAAGAGAGAAAGGAAGAAAUGAAAAAGAAAAUUGAGGAGAAAGAGAAAAAACUGGAGGAGGUAAAGGAGGCCAUAGAAAAGAUUCAGAGCUCAGCAAAGAGAGAAGUGGAAGAACUCGAGGAGACCUUCAAGACUUUACUUAAGACAAUAGACCAUGUAAGAUCAGAGGUUACUGAAGUCAUUAAAGGUCAUGAAAGGAGGGAGGUAACAAAGGCUGAAGUGCACAUGGAGCAGCUGGAGGAGGACAUCAAGGAGUUGAAGAAGAGAAACGCUGAGCUGGCUGAGCUUUCACAUACAGAUGACCACAUCCACUUCCUAAAGGCACUUCCUUCUAUCUGUUUCCUGCUUGGAGAUGAAGAAACAGGAGACAUUAGUGUUAAUGGAGAGUUACUUCCUGAGACUCUGAAGAUGAGUCUGUCUGAUCUGAAGGAGAAUCUGCAGGAGAUCAAUGGCUGGGAGUUUUUGAAGACCAGUGAGCCUGGGCCUGAUGUUCCAGGACACAUCCUGCAAAAUUUGCAGACCAGAAAUGGACUUUUAAAAUACUCCUGUCCACUCACCUUGGACCCCAACACAGCACACAGAAAUCUCCAUCUGUCAGAGGAAAACAAGAAGGUGACGAGUGAGGAGGAAGAGGCCUCAUACCCUGAUCAUCCUGACAGAUUUGACACUUGGCUCCACGUUCUGUGUAAAGAGGCUCUGAGUGGGACUCGCUGUUACUGGGAGCUCGAGUGGAGUGGAAAAGGAGCUGAGAUUGGAGUGACGUACAAAGGAAUUGGAAGGAAAGGAGAGGGAGAUGAGAGUUCUCUUGGACACAAUGACAAGUCCUGGAUUUUGGUCUGCACUGAUUCCAGUUACGCUGCAUGGCACAAUAACGAGAAGAUUGAAAUCAGUGCCCCCUGUAGCCACAGAGUAGGUGUGUUUUUGGACUAUUCUGCUGGCUCUCUGUCAUUUUAUAGCAUCUCAGACACCAUAACCCUCCUGCAGAGGUUCAACACCUCCUUUACUGAGCCACUCUAUCCUGGGUUUGGGUUUGUCUGGGACUCCAGUGUGACUAUCUGCUCUCUCUGAAGUCCUCUGUCCAGUGUCAUUUACAGAUCACAUCAUUUCUUCUGUCACAAAGGCUUUCUUGUUGUUUUAUAGUGAAGGGAAAAUUCUGCACACCAACUGAACAUAAACAGCCCCAGUUAAUGUUUAAUACCGUCAAUGUCCACAUAGAGGUGCUUUUUUAAUAAUUUAAAACUUACACUUGGCCUUAAAUAAAUAAACAUGUGUUAAUACAUUUUGGGGUCCUAGGUGACCCUAUUCUCAUCUUUUAUACUCCUAUUUAAGAAAAUGUCACAAAUCCCAUAUUCUCACCACACUGCCAGUUACUGCAGCUCAGCAUAUCUUCCCUCUUUUCUUUGCAGUUUAUACCUGUAACCCCAGAGUAAAAGCACAGGCACAACAAAGUUGCAGAUUUAAUUAUAUAAUAGAAAUAAUAUGAUCAAAAAUCAUAUGCAAAGUAAAAAUGCGUGCAUGUUGGUUUACAAUAAUUCAAUCUGAUGUGUAGCUGUGUAGCUUCAGGUGGCACAUAACUUGUGGUUACACUCAUUUAUGUUCUUCUUGGCAAGCCCAUCAUCUGAACACGGCCAAGCAGCCUGCCUAUCUUAUUAUGGCUGUUAAGCUGGAGUUGGUCCUCUUCAAGAUGCAUAAGUGGCAACAGAAAGACCAACAUUAUACCAGUUCCUGUCACAUGUGAUUCACCAGUGGGGUGUUGUGGUACAGAGUAGGCCACCUGUUUCAAUGACCGGUCCUGAUCAGCCACACCUCAGUCCUCCAGUCCCUGUUUCAUGCCAGUUCUUGUGUCGACAAGACUCAUGGCCAAAUACCACACAGUGUCAUCCAGCUAGAUUGCCCUUUUCAGUUUAUGGCCUACCUGGGGGGGUUUGUGUCUCUUCGAAUUUCCUUCACAGAGUUGUAACAAAGCACUUUUGCAAACUGGCAUCAGCAUUAUUAAAACAUUGGGGAGUUUACCAUGAUUUUAUUAAAAAAAGCUGUUCUUUAUGUUACUAAAUAAUUCUUAAACAACAAGUUACAAACAACUAUCAUAAUGUUAAAUAUUAAUCAGCAU